AUGACUGAUGAAUAUCUUGCUCUCCUCCGAAACAAUACUUGGGAUCUUGUUCCUCCUCCCACUGAUCGUAAAUUGAUCAGUUGCAAAUGGGUGUUCAAAGUCAAGGAGAAUCCCGAUGGAACUAUAAACAAAUACAUGGCCCGUUUAGUUGCUAAGGGUUUUCGUCAGAUUGCUGGAUUUGACUUCAAUGAAACUUUUAGUCUGAUUGUCAAACCGACUACCAUUCGCAUUGUUCUCACUAUUACUUUAAAUCUACAAUGGAAAGUUCGACAAUUAGAUGUCAAUAACGCCUUUCUCAAUGGUGACCUACAUGAAGACAUAUUCAUGCAUCAACCUCAAGGCUUUAUCGACCCUGUCAACCCAAACUAUGUCUGCAAGUUCAAUAAAUCUCUUUAUGGCCUCAAACAGGCCCCUAGAGCUUGGUUCGAAAAGCUACAUCAAGCACUUGGCAUUCUUGGUUUCUCAUCCACCAAAUCAGAUCAAUCUCUAUUUAUCAACAUCACACCUACUCACUCCACUUACAUUCUAGUAUAUGUGGAUGAUAUUCUUAUCACCGGCAGCAAUGAUCAGUUUGUUCAACAUGUGAUCACUCAGCUUAACAACCAAUUUGCUCUCAAAGAUCUUGGAGAUAUUGAUUACUUUAUGGGUAUCCAAGUCAAGCAUACAUCCGUUGGAAUGCACUUGUCACAGGCCAAGUAUAUCUCCAAUCUACUUCAAAAAACCAAGAUGCUUCAUGUCAAGCCAGUUCCUACACCUAUGGUAUCUAAUCAGUCCCUAUCCAACUCUGGAAGUGCUCCAUUCAACAACACUCAACUCUAUAGAAGCACUGUUGGUGCCCUCCAAUAUGCCACCAUCACAAGGCCAGAUAUCACCUAUAGUGUCAAUCGAUCUCUCCUCAAAGAAUUAAACAUAUCUUCCUCCACAACUCCGGUCAUCUGGUGUGACAACCUCAGCACAGUGUACCUCUCGGCUAAUCCCAUUCUUCAUGCUCGGACUAAGCACAUCGAAAUUGAUCUUUAUUUUGUCCGAGAAAAAGUUCUUCAGAAGCAAAUACAAAUCCAUCAUGUACCUUCCUCUGAUCAGCUGGCAGAUGUCUUCACCAAGGCAACUCCUAACUCCAAAUUCCUCACCAUACAUGCCAAACUCUUUGAUAAUCAACUUUCUGGCCCCAUUCCUCAAGAAAUGGGAAACUUGAGAUCUCUUGUUGACCUAGAAAUAUCCCAAAAUCAACUCAAUGGUUCCAUUCCUACUUCACCGGAAAUUGGGAAACUUCAUAAGUUGGUUGAGCUAGAAAUAGACACAAACCAGCUAUCUGGUUUUUUACCAGAAGGCAUAUGCCAAGGUGAAUCUCUGGAAAACUUCACGGUGUUUGACAAUUUUCUCAGUUGUCCCAUCCCCGAAAGCUUGAAAAAUUGCCCAAGCUUAGCCAGAGCUCGGCUCCAGGGAAACCAACUCACUGGAAAUAUAUCCGAGGCAUUUGGGUCUGUCCAAACCUGGAAUAUACCACCUGAACUUGGAUCGCUUGCUGACCUUGGGUAUCUAGACCUGUCAGGAAAUAGAUUGAAUGGUCAAUACCAGAGCACUUGGAUGGGCAAGCUCAGUCACCUCUCCCUGCUUGAUCUGAGUCACAACUUAAUUACAGGUGAAAUCCCACCACAAAUCCAAGGUUUGCAGAGCUUAGAGAAGCUUAAUCUAUCCCAUAACAACCUAUCUGGUAUCAUUCCAAAGGCUUUUGAGGAUAUGCAUGGCUUGUGGCAAGUCGACAUAUCUUACAAUGAUUUGCAGGGUUCCAUUCCCAACAGCGAAGCAUUUCAGGAUGUUACCAUUGAAGUGUUGCAGGGAAACAAAGGUUUGUGUGGUAGCGUUAAAGGGUUACAACCUAGCGAAAAUCGUUCUGCAACAAAGGGUACUCAUAAAGCUGUAUUCAUAAUCAUAUUCUCUCUUUUGGGAGCACUUCUACUUCUUUCUGCUUUCAUUGGGAUUUCCUUGAUUUCUCAAGGAAGAAGAAAUGCAAAAAUGGAGAAGGCCGGUGAUGUACAGACUGAAAAUCUCUUCUCAAUCUCGACUUUUGAUGGAAGAACAACGUAUGAAGCAAUCAUAGAGGCGACCAAGGAUUUUGAUACCAUGUAUUGCAUCGGAGAGGGAGGACAUGGAAGCGUAUACAAAGCAGAGCUGCCGUCAGGUAACAUAGUAGCUGUGAAGAAGCUUCACCGAUUCGACAUUGACAUGGCACAUCAAAAGGAUUUCGUGAAUGAAAUAAGAGCAUUGACAGAGAUAAAGCAUCGAAAUAUCGUGAAGCUUCUGGCUUUCUGCUCGUAUUCACGACACUCAUUUCUGGUAUACGAGUACCUGGAACGAGGGAGCUUGGGUACAAUCUUGAGCAAAGAAUUAGAAGCUAAGGAAGUGGGUUGGGGUACAAGGGUAAACAUUAUUAAAGGGGUGGCUCAUGCUUUGUCUUACCUGCACCAUGAUUGUGUGCCUCCAAUUGUUCAUCGAGACAUAUCAAGCAAUAAUGUUCUGCUGGAUUCUAAAUAUGAGGCCCAUGUAUCCGACUUUGGCACUGCUAAGUUUCUGAAGCUAGACUCAUCAAACUGGAGCACCCUUGCAGGCACAUAUGGAUAUGUCGCACCAAAGCUUGCUUACACCAUGAAGGUAACCGAGAAAUGCGAUGUCUACAGCUUUGAGUGCUGGCACUUGAAGUGA